AUGAAUUGCGUCUCUUCGGGAGGGCGCCCCUUCCCGGACAUUAUCGCAGCAGCAACAGCAGCUACGCAACAGCAGCAGCAGCAGCAGCAGCAGCAGCAGCAGCACUUCGAGGAGCCUGACAUAUCAUCAAAUAUUGAGCGUUUUGGUUAUGGUCGUCGUAGUAGUUGUAUUUCUGCCGUUGAAUUUAUCUUGAGAGAGAAAAAAGGAGGAAUUCGUUAUAAUAAUAGGUUGAACGGUGCCCGAAGGUGUAGUAGUAGCAGCAGCUGCUGCUGUUGCUACCCACCCGAUACACGGUUGCAAGCCGCUGAGGAAGCUGAAAGGAAAGCAGAAGCAGCAAUAAUACAUAAUAUCGCAAUAAUGGCGACGACGAGUAAGCUGUCAUUUCGGGCGAGAAAUUUGGAUGCGACAAAAUCGAUGCCUGUAUACUGCGCUGAUGAAUUACCCGAUCUGGCUGAAUGUACACCGAUCAAUCGGGCAGUGGCACAAAUGCCAACGGGUAUGGAAAAAGAUGAAGAAAAUGAGUCUCAUUUGCAAGAGGCGAUCCUUGCGCAGCAGGCCAGUACAUCGGGUAUUGCUGUAGAAAAUCAUGUCAUACCAACGCCAAAAGUUUUCACUGUCGAUCGCGGAUACUAUGAUGCACUAUAUCCGGUACAACCAGCACCAUCUAUCAAUCAGCUCAUCAAAGUACAAGCUUCAUUAUCGCUUGGAAAUGAGGAACCUGACUAUGAUAUCGAUAGUGAGGAUGAAGCAUGGUUGGCCGAACGUGGGGGACUUACUGCAGAGAGUGAUUUCGAAAAGAUGAUGGAAUUGCUGGAGGGUGCCAGCAGCGGUUUACAAAUAUGUCAGCCUAACGAGGCGCGGUCAUUGCUCAAGGAUUUCGAAACAGAUCUCGUUGAUGAUGAUGCAGCAGCAUCGCAUAAGAUUGCUUCAUUGAUUCCACGGGUAAAAACGGAUGCGCGUCGGGAUGCAUCGGGUUCGGACAUUGCUUAUGUUGCAUUUCGACGACGUUUAGAACGAAUGCAGACCAGAAAAAAUCGUAAGAACGACGAAGAUUCGUAUGAAAAGAUACUAAAACUUGGCCAUGAUCUCAGCAGGGUUGUUGUCCUCUUCGACAUGCUUAGACGAAGGGAACACACCAAACAAACCGUCAUAGGAUUAGAUGAUAAAAUAUGCAAAUGUCGAUGGACUGUUUGCGACUUCAGUUGUGUCCUUUACAAUCACAUAUUGUCAAAAAUGAAAUUGGAACGCAAUGCGACGGUGAGCCCUACCGAAGAAUCGCAGGAUGAAUUGCCAAGUAGUAUAUCACCAACGAAAAUCAAAGGGCAGAAGCGAAAACGACAUUCCAAAACUUCGACAUCUGAAGCGGAUAAAGAUUUAGUCACUCGUGCAUGGUUGAGAAAGAACGCAGAGGUAGGAUCAGCAGUGAUUUGGAAAUGA